UCCCGGGGGCGUGGCUCAUUGCUAAUGAAGAGGUGUGGCUAGUGGGAAAGCAGCAAAAUGUUUUCAAAAACGACUCUUUUUGGUCUAGCCCUGCUAGUGAUACCAAUAGCCUACCAGUACUGGUAUCACUAUGAUGAGUAUCACUCGGUGCUGCUCAAUAGGAAGCAAAAAAACAAAGAGAAAGAAGGAAGCAUGAAUGACAGGAUUGCAAUUGGGUUGAAUGCUGAUAUUGAUUAUAUCAUAUCUGCUGUGGAGCUGUUACGAGCUUUGAAAGGAGACUCCACUGCUAAAAGCGGACCUCCAGCUAAUCACCAGUCAUUAUCAACUGUAGAGGAACUGGUUGAAAUAGUUUCCUAUUCAAUGUCUACCUGCUCUGGUAUUGAGAGAUAUUUUGAGGACAAGGCUCUGUUUGAUAGGAUCGUAAAUACAGCAAGCAAACUUAAGCAUGAGGAGUUUGUUGGUGGUAAUGCUGCACUGAUGGCUAACAAGAUAGCAGAGAUAUCACCAAACAGCAAAAUAUUACUAGCAGCUCCUGUUGGUUCCAAACUCCGUCAGUACCUCAACGAUACGAUAAAGACAGUGAGUCCUCCUAGUGUACAAGAGGAGGUCCAUAUAAUACUGGAGUAUGCUAAGGGAGAGGAGAUGGGAGGAGUGGCAGCUACCUGUGCCAACAGGGUUAUAAUAUCUCAUGACACUGCUAACUCUAAACUCAGUUCUCUGGAGGUGUUUGCUCAAGAGCUCAAGAGUUUUGAUCCAACGCUCGUGAUACUGAGUGGACUCCAUAUGCUGGAAGGAACUGAUAAGAAUGCUUGGAGUAAGAGAUUGAGUGACGUCCAGAAGGUACUCACUAAAAUACCCAGGCAUGUUCCAGUGCAUUUAGAAAUGGCUACAGUUGGUAACCUAGAGUUCUUUCCAGUUUUUGCUGACACCAUACUACCUUAUGUUGACUCUCUUGGACUAAAUGAACAGGAACUGACAUCUUUAGCAAAAUCCAAGAAAGCAGACUUUGAUUUUGACGCCAUAGGACCAAAACCAUCCAUUCCUGAUUCCGGAGACCUCCUCUACUGGUUAUUCAAAACCUAUACUGAUCUAAGGGAGGGCAGGGGAGAUGAGAAAGAGUCGAGACUCACUCGAGUCCAUUUCCAUUCUCUUUCAUUUCAUAUUCUCGUAGUACCCAAGAGGGAGUUGGCUGGUUCUCUAUGGACAGAAGGCAUGAUAGCAACUAGACUAGGAUCCAGGAUAGCCAGUCUACAAGCUUGCCAGAAAGAUGAAAUAAAUAAAGAUGAUUUUGAGUUACAGAUACCCGAGAAAUUCCAGCUAAGUUCGAUAGAGAGUAGCCUAAAAGGAAAGUUUGAGUAUUCCGAAGAGAAUGGCUAUGUAGCUUGGAACAGAGAUGGGGCUAUGGACUUUCUUAUGAUUCCGGUACAUGUCUGCAAGAAACCUUUAAAAACCGUCGGACUAGGUGACGCAAUCUCAGCUACAGGUCUACUUCAUUCUAAAUUUAGCUACACCGAACGACGACUGAGGAAAAGAGUUAAAAAACCAAAAAGAGAAGGAAUGUGAUAUUUUAUUAAUUAAUUAUGGAUAAUAAUAAUAAUAAUAAUAACAAACUAUUUUUAGGCAUUCAAUUAUUAUUAUUAUUGUUAAAUCAUCGUUUUUGCUUUUUGUUUUGAGAUUUCGGUGUUUGUGGGUUGGGCUUGCCACGCCCAACUCCUUGUGA